UGUAAUAGAUAUGUAAAUCAUAAGUAAUAAUGCAAAUUGUUAAUAAUGGUCAAAAUGCAUUCAUUGGAUUCUUAUAGGCUGUGUUGUUGUUCCGUCCGGCAAAGAAGAUAAUAAUGGGUAAAGAAUGUCGGUGGAGAACGUCUACAGUGGAACUGGAGAAUAAUAAACAUUUUCAACAGUUAAAUAGUAUAAAUAAUGAUGAUGAACAACAAUUUAAUAAGUAUUAUGGUACAACGUUACAAAAAAAAUAUAUGCGGCCGGCCGCACAUUCCAAUAUUUCAUCGACAACGUUACGUUAUCAUUAUCCAUGGAUAAUAUCGUUACGACCGUCAUGUUUAUGCAGUGCAUUAGCGACACAAUUUUAUCGGUUCUUAGCAAGAUUUUCGGGUAGAAGACGAACUUCAACAGCAGUAGACAACUCCAGUAGUAAUUAUAGUUCUAGUAAUAAUUCAACAAAAUUUCAAUUAGUAUGGAUAUGGUUUAUAAUUCUAGCAUCGUCUAUUGUAUCUGUGUCAGAAGCUUGUAGUAGUCGUGCAACACCAAAACCUCGCCCCCCAGCUCCGACGCCUAGACCAAACAUAACAUUCCAUACGUAUGCAUGUCCACAGGCAUAUAACGAUUGGUACUGUUUAAAUGGUGCCACCUGUUUUUCCGUAAUUAUUGGAAAUUCAACUUUAUAUAAUUGCGAAUGUGCAGACGGUUUUAUGGGUCCUCGCUGUGAAUUCAAAGAUUUAGAUGGUUCAUAUUUACCAUCUCAACAUCGAAUACAACUAGAAACAGCCAGUAUAGCAGGUGGUGCAACAAUAGCAAUAUUUUUGGUAUUUAUAUUAUGUAUGGCAGCGUAUAUUCGUAUGCAACGACGUACGAAAGCACGAUUAGCAGCCAACGAAACAUUAUCAACAGAUUGUGUUGAUGGCGCCGAAUCAUUAAAUAUACGACCGAUUGUACCCAAACGUGUAUUCGGACAUAAUGCAGCGCAUCCGUGGCGGGAGCAUUUACAACGUGGUGUUAAUACGUUAGCACUACCAAUGGAAAAUAUUCCUACGAUUGUAUCUGAGACUCGUCAGGAUUGUGAAAAUUCCGAAACAAAUCUUCGUUGGAUGGAACAAAAUUUAACAACAGUGCCUGGAGGAGAUCGUUUAUCACCGAUAGCAGUAUCACCUCAACAAACACGAGUGGUGUGAUGGCUGCCUUACGUUACAAGAAUACCAACCAAAUAUUUUUUUUUUAAAUUUGUGUGCACUAAAAAAUAUUAAAAUUUAUAAAUAAUUUCCUCAAAAAAACAACUUGUUGUAUAAAAUAAUUUGUAUAAAAAAUAAUUUUUUUAAUUUAACAAGUGCACAUUUUGUUAUAAAUAAUUUUGUGUGAACAAAGACAGAAGACACAUUCUCUCCUCUCCUUAUCUCUCUAUCUCUCUCACACGAAUGUACGAAGAUACAUUUUUCGGCACUGAUUUUAAAACUAAUAAUUUUUUAAAAACAAACUUUCAGUGCACUGUGCUUUAAAACUUUAA